AUGUCUUCUACACCUGAAGAUGACGUCAAGUCAGAACAAGAAUAUUCAAAGCAAGGGGAGUAUAUGGUUGAAGCCAAUGAGAAUGGAGCAGCCAGCAAGACAAGAUCCAAUUCGGAUGUCUCUUUGAAUAAUCCUUCCAAUGGUUUUCCGACUCCAUCUACAAAUUCAUCAAAGGCUGAUGGCCCUCCAAAAAAGAAGCAGAUGAUUUCAAGGGCUUCAGUUGCAUACCCAAGAAGACGGGCAGUAACAGCUUGUCAAAUAUGUAGGUUACGAAAAACCAAAUGUGACAAUGAGCGUCCUACUUGUGGAUUCUGUGCUAAAGUUGGUCGAUUCUGCGUUUACGAUGACAUGUCAGUAGACCAGUCGAAGUUUGAUCCUGCCAGUUUGGCCAUCCUUGGUAGAGUAGGUACUGCUAUCAACCAGUUGAAUGCUAUCUCAGCGCGACUUGGCAUUAGACCCGAUGGCGUAAAUGGAGCAGCAACUGGUUCAAACACAGGGUCAUCUGGAUCUCCUUCAAAUCUCCCCCCUGUUAUAAUUGAUAACUAUAUUUCCCCAUUUUCUGGAUUGACGCCCUCAGGAUCAUCUUCCACUAAUGGAAAUACCGGUACAUCGUUUUCAACUGCUGGCAUAGCUCCUUCUGGUGGGGUUGAUGAUACCUAUCUAGAGGCCGAUUCGUGCUCAUUGAAUAUCCCAAAUGGUAAUAUGACAGCGGAGAAAAUCCUUCAAUGGCCAAUAUUCAAAGACCUUCCUUACACUCACAAUUUAACACCUUACUGUUACCGAAGACCCGAAUCCUACGAUGCAGACGUCAUGAAUGAAACGUACGAUCUGAAUUAUAAAGAAGCACCUGCUCUUGUAAGGUGUUUCCUAGUCAAUGUUCAUACUAAGAAUACUGUUUGUGAUGUUGCAGCAGUUCAGCAGUAUGCUUGGGAGAUAGCAAAUAAUGGCCCACGCUGGGAUACUCACACGUGUAUUGUAUUGUUAUUGUGCGCGCUGGGAACUCUGGCCAAGCCUAUCGAUAUGAAGGAUUUUGGUGUUCACUCUACUUCUCUAACAGUAGGCGCAUCUAGAAAAAACAUCGCCAAAAGAUACUUUAUCGAAGCCAGGAAGCGAAUUGGUCUGAUCAACCGCUUUUCACUGGACUUGGCACAAUGUUUCUUUUUGUCUGGACAAUUCCACAUGUAUAAUCUGGAGCCUGAUCUUGCAUGGGAAGAUUUUCAUGAAGCUUGUCUCAUUUGCAAGACUUAUUUAUUAGUAAACUCUCCUUCGAAUUUGAACACUGUGAAUAGCAUUUCACGCAGCAGAACCAGAAGUGAUAGCAAUGGUAGUGCUGGUGCGGGUGGACCUGGAAGUGUUAGUAGUAUUGGAACUGCUGGAAGCCCCGUUAUCGACGAGUAUGAUUCUCGUGAUGACGAUGAUCCAAUUCAAGACAAGGCAAGACAAUCUUUGGAGCAACGCUUGUUUUGGACUUGCUUGAAGUCUGAAAUUGAACUUAUUGUUGAAUUGCCUCGACCCCUUUCCGGAAUAGCAAAUGUAACUUAUCCAGUGCCUUUUCCUGCACCGCCUGAGGAUUUCUCUUCAACGGAUGGUGCAUUUCCAAAUGAAGACGAUGUAAUUUUCAAGGACGUUCAAGAGCAAAGCUGGUAUCAUUAUUUAACGGAAAUUCUCCUGCGUAGAGUUAGCAACGAGCUGAUUAACUCUCUUUACAAAUGCGACUUCUCCGAAUGGCUCAAGACGCCACUGGAAGUGUUAUUGAAAAUCGUGGAACGCUGGGAAAUGCAGAUUGCUGAGUGUUAUGCGAAUUUAGCACCCAAAAUUAAAUUUAAUUUUGAAGAAGAACCGAGGAGUGAGAUUCUUGUUUUCUUAUCCUCGAGAUUCCUGGAAAUGUAUGAAUAUCUUUAUCGCCCAAUUGUAUAUUACGCUAUCCAUUGUCCUACAAGCCAUCCCGAGGUCAAGCGGUAUGUCGACAAGUAUUUUUAUUAUUGUGAUUUAAAGUGCGUAAAAGUGCCCAAUGCACAUAGACACCAUGGAACAUGGUACCACUGCAGAGGUAAUUAUACUUUUGCUUUGAUUCUUUUAGCUGCCGCCAAAGGUGGGAUUAUUGAACGUUCGGUUGAGGAGCUUCGAGAAAUCGUAGGGUUUUUUAUUACAUCAUUGAAGUAUUGGGAGGAUGAAUCUCCUGAUCUUAAACAACCAGCGCUCUUAUUGACGAAGAUACUGGAUGAUGUUUGUAAGAGCAAAGAUCAACAAAAAAAGAUAGCCUAG